AUGUGGCCUCAACGGGUGUAUAGCCGUAAGAAGAGGGCUGGUGAGAGGCUUAACCUCACCCCGAAGCCUGAUCUAGCCCUCCCUGCGAAGACAGAGGCCCUGCCAGGUCUGAAGGAAAAGGGCAAAGAGCAGGGAUUGCGGAAGAUUACAGAGAAAGAGGAAUGGAGCAGGCCCAGAGCUAGCAGCCUGCAGCUGCCAAGUCGGGUAAGUGUUACCGGAGGGGAAAGCCUGCAAGAAAACAGCCCUGGCAAAGAGACCCCAGAUGAAAAGAUAACCCCACUGAGUUCAGUGACUAAUGACUACAAGACUGACAGUUGUUCAUCAAGUAGUGAACUGGUUUCAGGACUAACUCUGGAGCCGGAUGCUUCCAGUUGUCUCUUGAGUUGUUCAGACACAGAGUCAUUCACAAAGAGCACUGAUGAGAGUGUUGGCAGCUACCCAUCUCCUGAGCUGCUCAGAGGGUCAGACUGUUUGGAUUGGGAGCAUCCCUGGCUGGAAGAGUACACGUCCCACAAGAAUUCCACUCUCCUAGAAACCAGUAAAGCGGUAGCUGUAGAGAAGGUGCCACAAUUUGCAAACCUUUCCGCAAUUCUAAGUUCCUCUUCAGAAAACUACGAGAAAUGCCAUAGAAAAAUAGGGAUGACAUUAGAGACCCAAAAUAUUUCUCCAGAACUGAAGUAUACUUUGAAUUUACCAUCAGUUGUAGAAAAUGCAGCUUCUGAAGUUAUAUUCGCUGAGAAAAAUGGGCCUCUAACUACCAAAAAAACAAAGAAAAAACCUGAAAAAGAAUCAGAAGAUCGAGGUCCACGUGUUCCAACAAAGUUUAGUUCUGGUGUUCUAGGUGGCAAGGCUCUGCUCUCUCCUCACAGUUCCACUCUUGACAUUGCAGUCAGGAAUGUUCUUCUCCCUCAGCCCCUGGAGCACAUGUUGAAAAAAAGUUCUAUUCUUCCUGAUAAUCAAAGCAAAGCCCUGUUAACAAGUACACCAUCUUCAGACACAGCUGAUUUUGUGGUUGAUUUGUCUCCAGUGCAAAAUGUAUCUUUUGAAGAACUAUUUCCAAAUGUCAGCAAUUAUGUUAACUCAAGUGAAAUUCUUCCUGUGUUAAGUUGGCAAGAAAGUUCUUCCAAUGAGUUUCCUUCAAACACAUCAGAGAUCUGUUGUAUUAUUAGGGCAUCACCAGGAACUAGACGGAUGAAAAAUAAAGAUGCUGCUGUGAAAAAGAGAUGUUCUCUUCCUAAAGAUGUUCCUCUAGAUAUUAUAAUGAAGACAGAUGCCAGAACAUAA